AACCGCCGAAUACUGGGCUGUUGGUCAUUUCUUGUUGUCUAAAAUCAAAGAAAAAUACAUAAAUAAAUAAUAAUAUGGCCCUGGUGGACUAUGGUGGCAGCAGCUCCUCCGCAUCCGAGGAUGAGGACUGCACCGAAAACAUUCAAACUCCCGCGUUGAUCAGCUUGAAAAGACCUGCCCUGCCCACAGCAGCCGCCCUGCUGGGCCCCAAGAAGCCCAAGCCUGAGGAGUUCGUCGACGAUUUGUUGGAUGAUCCCGCGGAACAUGGCGGUCGCAUCCGCAGUUUCAAGCACGAGCGGGGAAACUGGGCCACUUACGUCUAUGUGCCGGCAACUGCAUGUGUUGACCAGCUGGAGGAGUUCCAAUCGGAGGCCAUUGCCCGUCUGGAGCCACACUUGGAACUGCAGCCGAACGAGUCGCUCCAUCUGAGCCUGAGUCGAACAGUGGUGCUGCAGUACCAUCAGAUCGAUGAAUUCUCCCGAUCCUUGCAAAGCGCGCUCAACAGCUCCGCGGGAUUCGCCGCCACUUUGCAGGGACUGCGGAUCUACACGAAUGAGGAGCGAACCAGGACCUUCAUUGCAGCACCCCUGGAUGCUGCAUUUGUGGAGAAGAUGACUGCCAUUCUGCAGCCCAUCGACAAGGUGAUGCUCGACUACCGACUGCAGCAGUUCUAUGAUCCGGCCUCGUUCCAUGUCAGCCUUCUUUGGUGCGUUGGCGACCAGGAGACACUGCUCAAAGAGAAGCUAACGGAGCUACAAGAGCUCCUUGAGGAUCAGGACACACUCUGCCUGGCGGUCAACGAGGUGCACCUAAAGUGCGGCAACAAGGACUUUACCUACACGUUAAAAUAGGAUAUUGCCAGUCUUUAAUUGAAUCAUAAAUUAUUAUGCAUGCUGCUCUUUUAAUUGAAAUGUAGUGAAAAAGAUAUAUUGACUUUAUUAAGUAUCAAAGUUUAUGAAAAAUGUAAUGCCAUAUUAGUUCAUAGACAUGAAC